AUAAACCUAUUCUCUUGCUUUUCACUAAUUACUUUACUUUUAUUAAUUAUCCCCAUUAUAACUACAAGCUCUAAUAUUUACAAAACCUAUAACUACCCUCUACAUGUAAAAACAACUAUCUCAUGUGCCUUCAUUACUAGUAUAAUCCCCACAAUAAUAUUUAUUCAUACAGGCCAAGAAAUAAUCAUCUCAAACUGACACUGACUUACAAUUCAAACAGUUAAACUAUCACUAAGCUUCAAAAUAGACUAUUUCUCAAUAAUAUUUGUUCCAGUAGCAUUAUUUGUCACAUGGUCCAUUAUAGAAUUUUCCAUAUGAUAYAUGCACUCAGACCCUAAUAUUAAUCAAUUUUUUAAGUAUCUCCUUCUAUUUCUUAUUACCAUACUAAUUCUCGUUACAGCAAACAACCUAUUCCAAUUGUUUAUUGGAUGAGAAGGCGUAGGAAUCAUAUCCUUUCUACUCAUCGGAUGAUGAUAUGGACGAGCAGAUGCAAACACAGCAGCCUUACAAGCAAUUCUAUAUAACCGUAUUGGUGAYAUCGGCUUCAUUCUAGCAAUAGCAUGAUUCCUAACUAAUCUCAACGCCUGAGACUUUCAACAAAUUUUCAUACUAAACCCAAAUAAUUCUAAUAUACCCCUAAUAGGCCUCGCAUUAGCUGCAACUGGAAAAUCCGCCCAAUUUGGCCUACACCCAUGACUACCUUCUGCAAUAGAAGGCCCUACUCCUGUCUCAGCAUUACUUCACUCAAGCACAAUAGUAGUAGCAGGCAUUUUCCUGCUAAUCCGUUUCCACCCACUAACAGAAAAUAACAAAUUCGCACAAUCUAUCAUACUAUGUUUAGGAGCUAUCACCACUCUAUUUACAGCAAUAUGCGCUCUCACCCAGAACGAUAUCAAAAAAAUYAUCGCUUUCUCUACAUCUAGCCAAUUAGGCCUCAUAAUAGUAACAAUUGGCAUUAACCAACCCUACCUGGCAUUUCUCCACAUUUGCACCCACGCCUUUUUCAAAGCCAUGUUAUUUAUAUGCUCCGGCUCUAUUAUCCAUAGCCUAAAUGAUGAACAAGACAUCCGAAAAAUAGGUGGCUUAUUCAAAGCCAUACCAUUCACUACAACAGCCUUAAUUAUUGGCAGCCUGGCAUUAACAGGAAUACCAUUUCUUACUGGGUUUUAUUCCAAAGACCUAAUCAUCGAAACCGCUAACACGUCGUAUACCAACGCCUGAGCCCUCCUAAUAACAUUAAUUGCCACUUCCUUCACAGCUAUCUACAGCACUCGUAUCAUCUUCUUUGCACUCCUAGGACAACCCCGAUUUCCAACCUUAAUAAACAUUAAUGAAAAUAACCCCUUUUUAAUGAACUCUAUUAAGCGCCUAAUAAUUGGAAGCCUUUUCGCAGGAUUCAUUAUCUCUAACAACAUUCCUCCAACAACAAUCACCCAAAUAACAAUACCCCAUUACCUAAAAAUAACAGCCUUAGCAGUGACAAUUUUAGGCUUCAUUCUAGCACUAGAAGUUAGCAAUAUAACUCAAAAUCUAAAAUUUAAUUACCCAUCAAACGCCUUUAAAUUCUCUAACAUAUUAGGAUAUUUUCCCACAAUCAUACACCGCCUGACCCCCUACAUAAAUCUGACAAUUAGCCAAAAAUCAGCCUCCUCUCUCCUAGACUUAAUCUGACUUGAAAGUAUUUUACCAAAAACAACUUCACUCAUACAAAUAAAAAUAUCAGUAAUAGUAACAAAUCAAAAAGGCUUAAUUAAACUAUAUUUCCUCUCUUUCUUGGUUACAAUCAUUAUCAGCACCAUCCUACUUAAUUUCCACGAGUAA